CAAGAACUGGCACUCCAGUACAGUAGGUGGCGCUGUAUACAAAUGUGAAGAAGCAGCAGCAUCUGUAAACGUGAACUAGUAUCCAAAAUCAAAUUAUAUCAGUCGACAUGAUGACAAGUUGAUUUUGUGACUGAUUCAGGUUGCAGAUUUAGAGACGUUGGGACAGGGAGGAGAGGAGAUGGGGGGAUUGUGUAGGCCACUCCAGGCCUCUAUGGUCUGGCUGGCCGUUCUCCUUCUGCUGCUGGGGGAGACGGUGAACACAGGCCAGGAGUUUGACCCCUACAGAGUCCUGGGGCUCACCAAGAGCGCCGGUCAAGCAGAGGUCAAGAAGGUGUACAAGAGGCUGGUCAGAGAAUGGCACCCAGACAAGAACAAUGAUCCUGGGGCUGAAGAUAUGUUCAUCAAGAUCACUAAGUCUUAUGAGAUCCUGGGGAAUGUGGAGCGGCGUGCUAACUACGACCGCUACGGACAGAUGGAGGAAAACAAGCAGGGUCAGCACCAGCAGGGCUUCAACCGACACUUCCACAACAGCUUCUAUUUCGACGAGUCAUUCUUCAAUUUCCCUAGGUCAGGCCGGGACUUCUCCGACAGCAAGUAUCUGCUCGACCACGCAGGGUUCAACAGUAAGGUGCUGCCCGACAGCUUCAAGCGGCCCUACCUGAUCAAGAUCACCUCCGAGUGGUGCUUCGCCUGCGUUCACAUCGAGCCAGUCUGGAGGGAGGCAGUACAGGAGCUAGAGCCACUGGGUGUGGGUAUCGGCAUUGUUGACAUUGGUUACGAGCGUCGCCUAGCCAACCAGCUGGGUGUCCAUCGCACGCCAUCCAUUCUGGGUGUGGUCAAUGGUCGAGUGACCGUGUUCCACUACUCCGUGGUCAGAGAACACCUGCGACAGUUUGUAGAAGACCUGCUGCCUCAGAGGCUGGUGGAAAAGGUAACAGAUAAGAACUAUGUGUCCUUCCUGGGCAGCUGGCAUGUUGAGAACAAUCCCAGUGUGUUGCUGUUUGACCAAGUGCCUGCAGUGCCCCUGCUCUACAAGCUCACAGCGUUUGCCUUUAAGGACUAUGUGCGGUUUGGUUACGUGGACCAGGGACUGACAGAGACAUCCAGACUACUGCAUCAGUUCAACAUCAACAGCUAUGCUCCCACAAUGCUGCUGUUCAAGGAGAACACUGAGCAACCUGCUGAUAUUAUACAGGCUAAAGGGAUGAAGAGACAGAUCAUGGAGGAGUUUGUGUCCAACAACAAGUACCUGUGUGUCCCUCGGUUGGUCAACCAGCAUCUGUUCGAUGAGCUCUGCCCCAUCAAGCAGUUCCACCGGCGCAGGAAGUACUGUGUGCUGCUGAUCACUGGUGAGGAGCCAGGGUUUGUCCCUGGUAACCAGGCCUUCCUGACCUUCGCUUCGUCCAACACUAAAGACGUCCUGCGCUUCACAUAUGUCUACCAGAGACAGCAACAACCACUGUGUCAGGCCUUGCUCCACAACCAGGCCCCACUGUUCGCACAGGUGGUGAUACUGGAGAGGCGGAGCCCGGGAGGUAAGGCUGUGUACCGGUCUGUGAUUGGUGGAUGGAACGGCAGUGACGAUGAUAAGACCCGCCUCCACGAGCAGCUGGAGCUCCUGCAGAGGGACCCCUCCUACCUGAGCUAUGACGCCACGCUACCUGAACUAAACAACGAAUUGUCCCCCAUGUUUCUGAUUCAGUGGAUCAAUGCAGCUUACGAUUAUUUCCUUCAAAUCUAUGAUGACCUUCUCUUCUCCAACUGGCGGGAGAUGAUGCCCAUCCUGUCUCUCAUCUUUUCUGCUCUGUUCAUCCUCUUUGGUACUGUCAUCAUCCAGGCCUUCAGUGACUCGGGUGAAGAGAAGCCUCCCCAAAAACCAAAGCCAAAGAACCCACCAAAGACUGAAGACUCACCUGGUAGAGCCAAUACUUCCAGUCGUCCUCCUAAGAAGGACUUUGUGGAGGUGACGGAGCUGACAAACAUCACCUACAUCAGUAACUUGGUCAAGCUGAGACCUGGUCACAUCAACGUGGUCCUAGUCCUCACUGACGCUUCCAAGAAUGCUCUGCUCAGGAAGUACGCCAAAGAGGUUUUCUCCUUCUCCGGGACCCAGACCCUACACUUCUCCUUCCUGAAUGCAGACAAACACAGCCAGUGGAUGCCUUCUCUCUUGGAGUCUUGUCCUACUGCAGCCCGGGUCCUGACCCAUGGAGAGGAGGAGGGAGGAGGAGAGGGGGAUGAAUACUCCUCUCCCUUCUCAGGUCGUCCCAGAGACUUCACAGGCCAUGUUCUGGCACUCAAUGGACACAAGAAGUACUUCUGUCUCUUCAGACCUGUCUUCACUGGGGACACGGACACUGGCGGAGAGAGCUCAAGCUCAUCAUCUUCAUCAUUUGACGAAGGCUCCAGGAGAAAGUCUCGGUCAAGGUCGCGAUCCCAGUCGAGCUCACGUUCAAGGUCCAGGGAGGAGGGGGUUUGUCGGGUAGGGGUGGGAGGGGUGGUGGGCGGGCCUCCAGGGCUACCAGUCUGGAGGUGCACCAUAAGCUGGACAGGCUGGGGCUGUGGAUGGAGAGGCUGAUGGAGGGGACUCUGCCCAGGCACAGUGUCCCUGGCUGGCCUGGGUUGGACACCACCUCCCCAAGCUCCAGCCCCGCUCCCCAGAACUGAGGAACCACACUGGACUGGACCCGACCGGACCCAUAUGAAGUGUAAAUGAGAUUUCUGCAGCUUAAACGUAGCCAGUAGUCAUUAUGCAAAGCCAAUGAAUAAUACAGAAGAUUAAUAUAACCCUAUAAAGUAUACUAACCUUGUCCCAGAUCUGUUUGUGCAUUCUUGCGAAUGCCAACUUCAGAUGUGACAAUGGUCAUAGGAGUUGGUCAGAUGGCACAAACUGAUCCGGGACCAGGCAAGAAACUGAAGCUCCAUUUACCCUAUCACAACAAUCAUUUUUUACUUUAGCUUUAGGGACUGUAGUAGGUGAAGCUUCAAAUGCACUGAUCUUGCCAUUGUCUUUCAUGGUUAACCCGGAAUUAGGGCUUGAGACAAUUGACGUGUUGCACUGACUACUGUAUGUUUAGAUAUUUUGUUGUAAAUAAAAACCAAGGACCCUAUUCAAUAACCACCGGCUCUUAGGAUUUAAAGAAAGGGGGUGGGGGGGCGGUAUAUUAUGUGCAAUUCAGAGGAGGCUGGUGUGGGGUGAGCUAUAGGAGGACAGGCUCAUUCUGAUGGUUGGAAUGGAAUCAAUGGAAUGGAGUCAAGCGUUGUUUCCAUGUGGGGGAGGGGGGGUGGGAUUAUGUAGGUUAGGAUCCAUGUACUGAACAAAAUGAUGUGAAGCAAAAAAAAAAUAUCAUGUACAGUUUUAAACUAGGGUCCUGCUCAAAGGAAUACAUGUUUGAAACAGGAAAAUAACUUGUUUUUGUAGCACAAAUUCAGGUAUGACCUCCCUUUUCACGACAUUUCCUCCUAUUUCAUGCUUACUGAACUUUUACCACAGUAACACUGGACUAGGGUCAGUUUGGCUUAUUCUGUCCUAAUGGUUAGGACUUGGGAGUGAUAAACUGUUCCUAGCUGGUUGAAUAGAGCCCUUGGUGUUCUCUGCUGCUGCUCAGGGCCAGGUCCCCAAGCUGGAGAUCUCCGUACAACUCUUUUUAUAAAUAUUUAUUCCCCUUUGCAGAUCAGGCAGAAAGGUUGAAUCAUCCUUCUGUCUCGUUUCUUUAAUUUUACUUUCGUUUUGAGUCCGUGCCCUUAAAUAUACCGCUAUGGAUUUUAUUGCAUGUCUUUGUCAGAAGAAUAUUCUGUGUUUUGUCACCGUGAGAUUUGCAACGCUCCAUCAACUUUAUUCCACAACUCUUUCCUUCCUGUACCUCAUGAUGUGCUUGUGAACCAGGCUUGUGAUGGUGAGUAAAACCUUGCCUGAGACCUGAAGACUUUGGUUUAGCGGCUUUAGCUUAGCGAGCUAAACAGUCUGUGCUUGAAACCGUAUGGUCCAUGGUUCAAACCCAGUCGGUCACACUUGCACACAAGGUUUGCAUAAGAUGUCCUUUACUUGCAUUCUUGCUACAGAAUGAUUUCCCGCUCGCUAAGUUAAUAGAUAUAAACUACGUAGAUAUUUCACUUUGCCUGCCUUUUUCAUUUGAAUGCGUUUCUCAUGUCCAUGUCCAAUAUUGGUGCUGAUGAGAGAUUUAAUCCAACGUAAAUUUGAGGAGUUGAACUGUUUGGGAGAGUCUGUAGUACUGUAGUCCAUUUUAAACGAUUAGUAUGAAAUGAUGUGAAAUAUAGAAUUAUUUAAUGUGCUGUUAUUUAUUUGAUGUAACUAUGCUUCCUAACAUUAAUAAACAUUUUCUAAAUCUUUA